UUACCAUUCCAAACCAGUAUAGUUAAGAAACCGUCUCGGGCAGUUCGUAACGGUCGAUUUCAGUUUAGUUUUGAAAUCAAUUUGAAUCUAACAAAAAACAAAAACUUGCAAAUCCUUAAACUGUAACAGCAAAGCGAUCACCCAUGGCUAUGGUAGUAGAUUUAGAUACAACAGGAGAGUUAGGGUUUCCGUACUGGAAACCAAUUCGUCGACGUUUUGAACCUGAAUCUCCUUUCUUUUCUUACGGCAACAUCGAGAGAGAACUCCUCGCCAAACAGGUUGCUCUGGAUUUGACUCAAAAUGAAAAUCCCCAGUUGAAGAAUUUAAUUGAUGAAGAUGACAGGGAGGUUUUCUGUCCGAUUGUUGGAUGUGGUGCGCGCUUGACAUCUUUGGAAGCCUUUGAAGAUCAUUAUAAUGCACGGCAUACUGCUUCAUGUUCAGUUUGCUCUAGAGUUUAUCCAACUUCGCGCCUUUUAAGCAUCCAUGUAUCUGAAGCUCAUGAUUCGUUCUUUCAGGCUAAAGUUGCACGGGGAUAUCCCAUGUAUGAAUGCCUGGUGGAAGGAUGUGGUCUAAAGUUCAUCAACUACAAGAGUAGGCAACGGCAUUUGAUGGACAAGCAUAAAUUCCCAAGUACAUUUGAAUUCUUACAAAAGGCCCGGUCGUCCAAGAAAGCAAGACAGAAGCAGCAGCAUAAACGGUCAACACCAAAGAACAAAGAAGCUUCAAGUAAAAUGGACGUAGAAGGUGAAGCCCUUGAUGGCCUCAUAUCACGGUCAACCCCAAAGAAUGAAGAAGCUUCAAGUAAAAUGGACGUAGAAGGUGAAGCCCUCGACGGCCUCAUAUCAGCUGUUUCGAGAUUAAGCACCUCAGAUUCAUCUCCUUCUUCCAUCAAUUUUGGUCGUCGCCACAAUCGUGGACUCACGUUUGUCCCUCGAGCUGUUCAGCGAGAAAAGAGCACACACAAACCGCAACAAAGAGAGCCAGCCAUCUGAUAUGUAAAUAACUCGCAUUAAGUAUGCAAUUAAUUCAAGCUGUGUAAGAUGUCAAUAGCAUUAUAUCAGAAGUUGAACUGAUGGUAUGAGCAUUUAUUUGUAGAGAGCAGACAAUUUUCUGUUCUAUUACUCAAAAUCUUUAUUUUCUUACGUUGAAAAAUUGGAUGAAUUCAGUGAAUUACUAGUGA